UUAGACAACCGAUAUCCCCUCUCUCCCAAAAAUUCUUUCUUUAGAUUUAACUAUUCACGUGGCGCAUUACUGUGUCGACAUUGAAAUUCAUUUCCUAUCCAUUAAUAAAAAUUACAAUGACAUCAUGUUACGAUGACCCUUUCUAGCUCAUAACAGUACUCUUAACAUGUAGACAUUGUUAUUACAUGAAUAUAACUCGACAACAUACCUUAAAAUUUGUGAGGCAUGGAUUCCUUCUCAGUCUUAGUUUAUUGGGUACUGUUUGGCUCUUUGAGCAUUCAGCUUGAGUGGUAUGGAAGUCUGGGAUGCAUAGAGGAAGAGAGGAUCGGACUUCUGAGGCUGAAAGCAGCCUUUAACCCUCCAAACGUGACAGCCUCUGCAUUCUCGUCUUGGGGCGCCGGAGACAACAUGGACUGCUGCAAGUGGGAGAAUGUGAGAUGCGACUCUACCACAAAGCGUGUCGUCCAGCUUUCACUCAAAGACACCAAGUAUGACACAGCCACCAAAAUCGUGGAGCGCUGGUACCUGGAUUUCUCCUUGUUUCUUCCUUUCCAAGAGUUGCAGAAUUUGAGCUUGGCCCAGAAUUUCUUGCAAGGUUUUCAUGGUGUAUUGAGGUCAAGCAAGUUGCAAUAUUUGGACUUACAUGGCAAUGGGCUCACUGAAAUUCCACCCUUAGGCGCAGUGCAAUCAUUGAAGUCUCUAAACUUAGAGUUUAAUCCUCUCAACAACUUAUCUACUUUCCAAGAAUUGAUGAAAGUGAGAGGCCUUGAGACGCUGAACAUGGCUUAUACUAGACUUAGAGGUAUUUCUCAGUCACUGUGGACUAUUACGUCUCUCAAGGCUAUAUCAUUAAGGGGUAACCAUAUGAAGGGCUCCUUAUCAGACAAAGAUUUGUGCAAAUUAAGGAAUCUUCAAGAGUUAGAUCUGAGCCACAAUGCGUUUGAAGGAAUCUUACCUUUGUGUCUCAGCAAUUUGACAUCUCUACGGGUUCUUGAACUCUCCUGGAAUCUGUUUACGGGAAGUAUUCCUUCAAAUCUCUUCUCUAAUCUUCAGUCACUUGAGUAUGUCUCCCUCUCCUACAACCAUUUUGGAGGCUCGGUCUCAUUCAGUUCAUUUGGCAACAAUUCCAGGCUUCAAGUGUUUGAACUUGACAGCCACAACAAGGAAUUAAAUGUAGAUACAGAAAGCCCACACUGGAAUCCGCUGUUUCAGCUGAAAGUGUUUCGCCUGUCGAACUGUAUACUCAACAAGCCCGACAGGAAAGUUCCCAGCUUCCUCUGGAGUCAGCACGACCUCAGAGUCGUCAACCUUAGUGAUAAUGGCAUGAGAGGGGAGGCCCCGACCUGGUUAAUAAAGAAUAACUCGAAAUUGGAGUUUCUUAGUCUCAGGAAUAACCGGCUGACAGGUGAAUUCUCCUUGCACCCUGAUUCAAGAAAUCUCGACAUGUUUUGGCUUGAUGCAUCUGGGAAUCAAAUCCAAGGUGAGGUUCCAUAUUUCCUUGGUUCUGUCCUUCCCAACAUGUUGUUCCUGAACCUGUCAAGAAAUGCAUUAGGAGGGACAAUUCCUGCCUCCCUGGGUGAUUUGAGAAAGCUGAAAUCAUUAGACCUGUCAAACAACAACUUCUCAGGAGAGGUACCAGAACAUUUAUUCAUGGGAUGUGUGUCUUUACGGUUCUUGAAGCUAUCACAUAACAAUUUGCAAGGCCAGUUGCUCCCUGGAAAGUCAAACCUCACAGAACUAUGGUCCCUCUAUUUGGAUAAUAAUCAUUUCUUCGGAGAGCUUUCGCAUGGGCUCCACAACAGCCGCUACUUGAGAUGGCUGGAUAUAAGCAACAACAACAUCUCAGGCAAAUUUCCCGAUUGGAUUAGUGAUUUUGAGUAUUUGAGCACCCUUGUCUUGUCUAGAAACUCAUUGGAAGGCACCAUGCCACUCGGCUUCUGUAACGUUACACGGCUAAGAUUCUUAGACCUUUCUCUUAACAAUCUCACAGGUGUUUUCCCUCCUUGUGCCAAUCUGUCGUCGCUGACGUAUUUACAUCUGCAAGGGAAUGAAUUCAUGGGACCUCUACCGUAUAUUUCAUCCAUGACAUCUGCCCUUGUGACCAUGGACGUUAGAGACAACAAAUUUUCUGGAGAAAUUCCUCGUUGGAUAAGCUCGUACUUGAAUCUGAGGGUUCUUCUUUUAAAAGGGAAUAGUCUUGAAGGCUCCAUUCCGCAAGAACUCUGCCAACUGAAAAACCUUAGUAUUCUAGAUCUGUCUUCCAAUAAGUUUUCAGGGCUGAUACCAAGUUGCCUCCAUCGGAUACCGUUUGGGGGAAAAAGACCAUUUGAUGACACAUUUUACGUGCAGGAACUUGGAUGGACGACAUAUAGAUCCUUUAGAACAUACUCAUUUGAAUGUGAAGUCCAAAUAAAUCAAUACGUCCAGGCUGAUUUCUACGUGUCCGAUGUACAAGAGGAAAUCGAGUUUAUAUCGAAAAGCAGGUUGGAAUCCUACAAAGGAAACAUUCUCUAUUAUAUCUCUGGCAUCGAUCUUUCCAUGAACAGGCUCACAGGCCCUAUUCCGACUGAACUGGGAAAGUUAAGCAGUAUUCAUACACUAAACUUGUCACAUAACCGUUUAACAGGACAAAUUCCCACCACAUUUUCCAACUUGCACGAAAUCCAAAGCUUGGACUUAUCACACAAUAACUUAUCCGGUGAAAUUCCCAUCGAGCUGAUAAGCUUAAACUUCUUAUCUGUCUUCUCGGUUGCUUAUAAUAACUUAUCAGGGAGAAUACCGGAUAGGAAAGCUCAAUUUGCAACUUUUGAAGAUAGCAGCUACGUAGGAAACCCGUUGCUCCGUGGACCGCCAUUGGAGAAAGGUCGAACCAGGACCGUAGAGCUGCCUUCAGCACAGCCAACUAUGGAUUUUGAAGAGAAUGAUCCAUUCAAAGAGUCAUUCUGGUGGAGCUUUACCGGAUCAUAUAUUGGAGCGUUUAUAGGAGUUCUUUUUUUUCUCUACUUCUACUUUUAUUCACUCCCAAGGUAGUACAUUUUCAGUGCUUAGUUCUCUAUAGAAAUGAUAGCUGGAAGAGUUCAGUGCUCCGGUGAAACAAAAGUGAAAAAUUUGUUCAUAUGAUCUAAGUUCUGUUUUAUUUAUUGCUUCAGUGAGGAUUCAACUUUCACUAUU